UCUCAAUUGUUUACAGCGGUCGAAGAGGACUUCCCGCCUCACCCGCGGGAUGUAGCGGAAUUUUUCUUUCCCGUUGCUCAAGCUGACAUAACUGAGUGCUCAACAUACGCAGUUGUUUGUCGUCUCAAGCCUUCUCCAGCGUACGCCAUCACAUCUAGUGGUGGCUCCUUUAGCCAUCCUGACUAUCCACGCGUGACAGUUACAAUCCCUGAGAAUGCUGUGACACCUGAAGCAAAGAUUCCUCUGGUAUUGAAGGUAGGACGGUAUGCAUUAUCUCGAGAUCUUUUCUUGCUGUGGUUACAUGACCAGUUAAUGUUUCUAAGGAUAACUCUUACCAGGUCUCCAAACUCGACAGAAAUGUAACAAUACAGCAGACGUUAGAUGAGUGAAAUUAGGCUCGUAAAAAGUGUUUUUGUCAUGUGGAGACUAUUGCGUUGUCAGAUAGAUAAGGUUUUGCUAUAGUCUCCACCGGAUAUGGUGUUCCUUGCGAAAAUGGUCUCUUUUUUCCUCUAAAACUCGAAAAAAUGGCAGCAAAUCUGACAGUAAGUUCAGGUUAAUUUAGUUGUGUUUUCUAUUAUCCCUUUAGGUGCAAGAAGUUCCAGGUGAAGAAUUUAAAGACCAAGACGUGUUUCUUGGACCAAUACUGCGUGUCAGCUGUUCCCAAAUCGUCGAAUUCUCGAAGCCCGUCACAAUUCAGUUGCCAGUGUCUCUUCGCAGCGACCAGGAAAGGAUUCCAGUCCCCUCGACAUGCCGUGUCAGAGUAUUGUUCUUAAAUUCUGAUGACGAAGAAAAAAAAUGGAUGGAAAUUACAGAUGGUCUUAAAUGUCCUGUACAUUUUGACGGGACAUUUGUUAGGUUCCAGGUAGAACGCUUCUCUGGGUAAGAAGACAUCCAAAUGUUGUAGUAGUUUUGUUGUUAAUGAAUUGGAGGUAAACUGAACUUUUGGUUAUGCUAACGCAAGUUAGCAUACAUUGAAACUGUUGGAAUACUAAGCUACUAUGAGCUACUAUGACCUUAUUGUUACUCUUUUUAACCUUUUUAAAUUCUGAUGAUACUUAUUUUUUGCAUAGCUUUUAUACUGUAUAGCUAAUGUGUGCUUUUAGUUUGUAGUUUUGUGUGUACUACUUAGUAAUGUUUUUCUCUCGUUAAAUUAAGUUUGAGUCAACUGAUUAACCGCCUUAGUGUAUCCCCAUAGUUUUAAAGUGGUAUUUAAGUAAUGGAGAUAUCAACUCGCGUCUUUUAGCUGUGCAAUUCAAAGACAAAAUCAUUCUGUCUGCAAAAGUAAUUCAAAUUCCGCUCUAUGUCUCUUUUAGAUACACUUGCGUUUUUGAAUGGUACAAAGAGGACUUCAGCGGUUCUGGAGUAAUAACGUACUUGACAAGCCUUAUUUGGAAGCAGCCAUUACUUGGCGUUUUCUUCUCCUAUUUCAAUGAAUUAGAUCGUGCUUAUUCUCAAGAUGUUCUCCAUCUUAUAUGCUGCCCAGCGCACAUGAGAGAAAGAGUAGUCCAAGAGCUAGAAAACGCAAACGUGGUUCCAAGUGAGGAAAAUUCACGGAAAAAGCUGAUACCGGGGCAUGACAAAGCAUUCGUGUUUGUAUCAGGAGGAAUAACCCCAGCUGAAAUAGAAGACAUGGAAGAUUUCCAUCUCAUGUAUGUACGGCCGCUGCUACACAAGGCAGGUUUUUGAGCGACGUAGGUCAACCAGAAGUCAGGCCGUUUUCCUUUGGAAUAUGCCUUGACGGUACAAAACUUUGUAUUGCCAAGUGUCUUUACUCCUUUAGAGACGAUUUUCCCGAAAACCUGGGCAAAACCACUACCCAAGACUGCAAAACGUCCACUUCCGGUUGACGUGGGUCGCUCAAAAACGCCUUUCCACAACCCCCCUAAUUAGUCUAAUUUCUCCCGAAAUGAACAUGUCUCGCUACGGAUUUUUUGCAGCGAGUCCUCGUAGCAGGGUGUGCUUUUCCGAGUGUCUCGCACGAAAACUUGUCCAGCUGAACGGCGUCUUUAUUUCAGUAUUGUUAUCGCUUAGUGACUUAAUAUUUUGAAUGAAGGCACGGGGUUUGAAGUGCAAACAUAAUGCACCAUUAUUGACUUUAGAUUGUGUCACAAAUGGACGAAAAGGUUUCGUUGCAAGUUAUUUUGUACUUUGUGUCCAUAAUGGCAAACUAUAUGUACUUGUUUUCAAAAUAACACUAAAACUAGUAGUUAAGCGCGGCGUCUGAAGUCAUGCACAUUUAACUAACGAAAGGAGAGACAGCAUUCAAAUAUUUUUAGUUUCAAUUGCUGUUACGCUUUUGACCCAUAAGCACCCGAGAAUUUCUACACAUCUUGAAAGAAAAAACACCAACGCCUCUUGAAAUUAAGGCUCAAUUGUGCAUCAGUGGGAUAAACUUAUUUUAUUUCAUGUACAUAUCCUUUCAGGUUUGAGAGCGAUAACCGUGACAAAAAGCAACUGCCAGUUCGUUUGAUAAGUGACCAAGUUUUAUCCCAUGUGGAGUUUCGCAGCAGCCCGGAUCCCAACGCGAAUAACCUAUUGUCCAGAUUGAACUUUAGAUUGUCUUCAAUGAAACUUGAUCUCACGGUGAGUACUACACACAAAAACGCAGCGUACCCCGUGUUUUCCUUAUUUAUCAGGCCAUUUACAGCUUUAUGCGACACAUCUCAAUUAUCUCUUCAUGCGAGACACAGGGUCCUUGGAGGAAUUAUGCUCACUGAACUGGGUUUAAGAUAAGCAUUCAAUUCAAAGGUUUAAUUUUUUUAGGGCAGUAUCAUAAUUGAUCGGUAUAUUCCAACGUUUUAGAUGUUGCACACACGAACGAUUCAACCUCUCCAUCUCCACUCAACUUACCACCAAAACUGUCCCAUUACACUGUAGUAAAAACGUCAUUGAAUUUGCCAUCCAUAAGAUUGCAUAAAGGAAAAGAAUAUGAAGCGGUGCGUCUAUCUUAAAAUGGUUAGCCUGUGAGCAACCUCUCUAUUUCCGCGUGCCGCUCUCCACUAAUUUCUCACGAAGGAGCUUGUUCGCAGGCUAAAUAAUGGUAACAGGACUGAGUGUAGUCCAAUUCGGCCUGUAAUCAUACGAGUGAUUAACAAAAUCGGACGACCGCGUAGCGGGAGUCCGAUUUGUUUAAUCACGAGUAUGAUUACAGACCGAAUUGGACGACACGAAGUUCUGUUAUCAAUUAAUCAUAACUUUAACAAAAUUUUUAACAUAAUAGGCUAUUUUUUAAAUCAAAACACAAGAAAUUCGAAAUUUUGUUUUGCUAGCAGUGAAAAAAAAAAGCCAUUUAAGCGCGCGCUUGAUGGCGUGUACUGUCCAAUUACUUAGGCAUGACGUGUACUGUCCUAUUAAACUGUCCAAUUAAGGCUGAAAUCAGGGCAGUUGAGAGCCAAUCAGAUUUGACCAUUUUGUUAUAGUUAUGAUUAAUUGUGAAAUAAUUUGUCGCUCACUGAGUGAUGGUGUUCGGUGCCUUUUAUGUCUUGACCUCUCUUCUUUUUUAUUUACUUUUCAGAAAACUCCAGUAGAAUUUUUCGGCGUGCCUUUAAAUGACCAAACGCUAUUGGAUGCUGAUCCGAACUAUGUACUUUCAGCGUGCAGACCGUUUUUAUCUACUGAUACAUACGAAGAACACUUCAACCACCUCAACAGUGGCUAUAGGACACCCAAACAAGCACUAAUGAGUCUUUUGCAGUUUGUAGCAGGGUUGGAUCCUAACAGCCAAGAUGAAUGUUUUGAAGCCGUUGUGAGUGCACUUCGAGAGGCGAGCAAUGUAGGAUUUUUACAUGUUAUUGAACGUCUUCAGAAAGGUAACAUGUUUUGCAAAACGUAACUUCUAUAAAGGUUUCGAAGCUGUCGCCAUCGUGGUAUCUGGCAUUGAUGCUUGCCGGGAAAAAUAUUACUUCCGCUCACGUGUACCAGACGCUUCCGUAGAAUGCAGGCUAUCGCCAGAAAAUGUAUGUACGGCAACCAAGAAGCCUGUGGUCUUCUCGGAUAAGGACGAAAAACCGUAGAUUCUUGUGGGACGUAGAAGAACCCACUCUGCUGUUCGUAAAGAAUAGGGGGCGUAGAGCCCGGUGGUGUGGUACAACCUGUUAAGGGCUGGGUGCGUAACGAAGUGGUUGAUAUCACUUCGGACGUAAGUCCUGUUUCAUCCCCUGUCACCGUGUUGAGUCACCCUGGCGAAUUCAAUAAAGUAAAGUUGAGAUUGUAUUUGCAUAACUGUUUCGGAUAGACUUGGAAUAUUUGAAUAUUUCACACGUUUUGCGCAAAAAAGCCGACUGUUCGUCUGAAACAUAGCAAAAAGUGAAAAUAUACAAUUCCGCUGUUGUCACUAUACAAAAAAUCUCUUUUUAUCCUAAAUUUACCGAGGAGCAGGCAAAUUAAGACUAGCUAAGGUGUAUCUGGGGGGGGGGGGGGGCGCCCUUCUUGAUUUGCAUAAUUCUUCAGAAUAUAAGAUAGCCGAAUCCAGUAAUUCCUAAUUAACCACAUGUUAUUCUUUUCUCGAUAGCACGUCAAAAUGUUAACAUAGCUUUAGCAGAAAGGAGUGAAGUGAUCAACAAGGUGUCAGAAAAAGUGUGUUCAUCGUGGAAAAGACUUGCAAGAGAGCUCGAGCUCAGAGCCGGGCAAAUUGACAACAUAUCAGAGGAGGAACAAGAUGACGAAGAACGCUGCCAUGAAACAUUGCGAACAUGGUGUCAGCUUAACGGAAGGAAUAGCACUAUUAGAAAACUCAUGAUCUCACUGACAAAAAUAGGAAAGGCAGAAGUGAACCACGACGUCAUGAGAUGUUUGCAUCUUGUGGGUCCUGAUUAA